CUGUUCACGCGGCAGCGGGGAUUGCGCUUCGUGGCGCGCGCCACCGGGGAAGGAGCGGUGGGCCGAGGGGGUGGAGGUGGGGUCCCAGGAGGACCUUGGGCUGUGGACCCGGGGAGCGGAGUCGGGGAGUGGGGCGGGGGAGCGAGGUGGCGCCCGGGAGCCAGGGAUAUGGCGCGGCCAGACGAUGAGGAGGGGGCGGCGGUGGCGCCCGGACACCCGCUCGCGAAAGGAUACCUCCCGUUGCCGAGGGGCGCGCCCGCUGGGAAGGAGAGCGUGGAGCCGCAGAACGGGCCCAAAGCGGGCACCUUCCCGGUGAACGGGGCCCCCCGGGACAGCCUCGCUGCCGCCUCGGGAGUUCUGGGCGGGCCUCAGACUCCGCUGGCUCCAGAAGAGGAGACCCAGGCCCGGCUGCUGCCUGCGGGCGCGGGAGCGGAGACCCCGGGGGCCGAGAGCACCCCGCUGCCCCGGACGGCGCUCUCCCCGCGGCGCUUCGUGGUGCUCCUGAUCUUCAGCCUGUACUCGCUGGUAAACGCCUUUCAAUGGAUCCAGUACAGCAUCAUCAGCAACGUCUUCGGGGGCUUCUACGGUGUCACCUUGCUGCGCAUCGACUGGCUGUCCAUGGUGUACAUGCUGGCCUACGUGCCCCUCAUCUUCCCGGCCACCUGGCUGCUGGACACCAGAGGCCUGCGGCUCACCGCCCUGCUGGGCUCCGGCCUCAACUGCCUGGGUGCCUGGAUCAAGUGCGGCAGUGUGCAGCAGCAUCUCUUUUGGGUCACCAUGUUGGGCCAGUGCCUGUGCUCCGUGGCCCAGGUAUUCAUCCUGGGCUUGCCCUCCCGCAUCGCCUCAGUGUGGUUUGGGCCCAAAGAGGUGUCCACAGCUUGUGCCACCGCCGUGCUGGGCAAUCAGGUAAGGACUGGAGUGGUAGAUGAAAGAUCCUUAGAAGACAGAAAAUUAUUCUCAGCCUUCAAAGAAAAACCUCGGUAUCCACCAAGUCAGGCUCAAGCAGCUCUUCAAGACAGUCCCCCUGAAGAGUACUCCUAUAAGAAAUCAAUAAGAAACCUGUUUAAAAACAUUGCUUUUGUCCUUCUGUUGAUCACUUAUGGUAUCAUGACUGGUGCCUUUUAUUCAGUCUCAACAUUAUUAAAUCAAAUGAUAUUGACACAUUAUGAGCGAGAAGAAGUCAAUGCUGGAAGGAUUGGGCUAACACUAGUAGUAGCUGGAAUGGUGGGCUCUAUUCUUUGUGGCUUAUGGCUGGAUUAUACCAAAACAUACAAACAGACUACUCUGAUAGUUUAUAUUUUGUCUUUUAUUGGAAUGGUUAUCUUUACUUUCACAUUGGACCUUGGAUACAUUAUCAUCGUGUUUGUUACUGGAGGGGUGCUUGGCUUCUUCAUGACUGGUUACCUCCCUUUGGGUUUUGAAUUUGCUGUUGAAAUCACUUACCCUGAAUCUGAAGGUACUUCAUCUGGUCUUCUUAAUGCUUCUGCACAGAUAUUUGGAAUUUUGUUCACAUUGGCUCAAGGAAAGCUCACAACAGACUAUAAUCCUAAGGCAGGAAACAUUUUCCUCUGUGUCUGGAUGUUUAUAGGCAUCAUUUUAACAGCAUUAAUCAAGUCGGAUCUGCGAAGACACAACAUAAAUAUAGGAAUUACAAAUGUUGAUGUUAAAGCUGUACCAGCUGACAGUCCCACAGACCAAGAAUCAAAAACGGUUAUGUUGUCCACGCAGUCAGAAUCAGCAAUUUGAAGAGAAAGGAAAAGUUACUAUCCUGUAGUAAUUGGGGACAAUGUGAUCAUCCUUGGAGAGAUAUAUGAGCUCCAAGACUGGGUUUGUAUGUGGUGGGGGAACAGACACACUUACUUGAAAAUUACCAUAUGAACUCUAAAUGCGUAAUUAUUAUUUUGCUUAAUUGUUAAUUUAAGGGAAAUUUUCUUAAAAUUCUUCUGUUUACAUCAUGUUAACACUAUUGUUUAUCUAAUCAGUAUCCAGUUUUUAGUCUUAUAUUGUAUCUGAAAGUAAGCUUCUUGACAUUUGCUUUUUAAAAGUCGGUGUUUUUCUUUUUUGUAGAAAAUGGAAGCUUAGAAGACUUUUUAAAGUGAUAAUAUGGGGUGUUCAGUCCCCAUAAGAUAUAAUUGUUCAUGCAGUUUAUAUAUUAAAAUAUCCAGUGGAACUAAAUGUACAAUAUAUUCCUAAUUGGCUGCCUUUUCACUGUGCUGACCAGCUGUUCAAGCCACUUCCUAUGAGUACAACAUACCAACAUGACACUACUCACCCACAAAGGACAGCAUUGGGAUCAGGCUUUCAGAUGACCUCUACGAUUUUUCCCAUUUAUUGUGCUCUUGUUACAAAGUACUUCUUAACACAUGCAGUCAGUGGCUACAAAAACUAUUCUGUGUACAGAUUCUACCCAGACUUUGGUAUUAGAAUUAUGUUCUCAUUAAGGAGCCUGGUUAUAGGCUCGUUCUGUCUUGAGUUCUUUUCUGUGCUGCCUUUCUAUCAUGGAUAAAUGCUAACACUGUAUUUUUUUCAUUCCAACUUGAGAUAGUUUUGUACCCAUUGCCUUUUUUUUAUUUUAAACUUGCUUCUUUUUUUUCCUGAUGUGUAACUUUCUAGUAAGACAAUUUCAUCAUAUAUGUUACUGGCUAUUUCAUGAUUUCUUGUAUCACAUCCUAUAUUUUGCUUUGAAGAUUCCUGAAAUAAGGAAAUCUGUAAUAACUUCAGAUAGCCUACAUGUCUCCAUUUAGUGGAGAUCUCUUGAAUGCUGUUUGAAUUCUGCAGUAUCAUUUUUAUGACCAUUCUCCUUUGAGGAAUAUUAUUCCCAGGUACAUGCUCCAUCAGUGUGCCAGGGAGUGGAUUCUUUUCUUCACUGCAGCGUCAUCACACUGUUGGAGUUGUCUGCUCUUUUACAUGCUCAGGUAGGGAAAAUAGGACCAAAUAUAUUUCCACAGUGCCUACACUGUGUCAUGUUUACAGUGAGAGGUUAAGUAUUGUUGAUGUCCUGACUCUGAGCUCGUGGGGAGUAUCUUUAUAGUAAUGACAUUUGAUCAGCCAUAGAAUUUACAUUAUGUUCAUAUGCACCCAAAAAAGCUAGUCAGGUAAUGAAUACCCUUGAAGUGAAUAGCAGUUUUGAUUUAGGCAGUGUGUUAGGCCAUCCUUGCAUUGCUAUAAAGAAAUACUUGGGCCAGGCGUGGUGGCUCACGCGUAUAAUCCCAGCACUUUGGGAGACCGAAGUGGGUGGAUCACCUGAGGUCAGGAGUUCAAGACCAGCCUAGCCAACAUGGUAAAACCCCAUCUCUACU